CCAAUGCGCGCGCCGCAAUGACGACGACGACGCACGGGACUGUCAUCCCCCUCCUCUUCCUCCUCCUUGCGCCGCACCUCCUCGCCACCCCCGCUGCGGCGUUCGUCAGCCGCGGCCUCAGCGCCUCCGACGCCGCGCGGAUCACGCGCCGCCAGCUGCUCCAGUACAACCACGGCGGCGGCGAUGGCGGCGACGUGUACGUGGACCCGUCGUACGCGUUCCCGAACCCGCGCCUCCGCGACGCGUACGUGGCACUGCAGGCGUGGAAGCGCGCCAUCCUCUCCGACCCCUACAACGUGACGGGCACCUGGGCUGGGCCCGACGUGUGCGCCUAUCACGGCGUCUUCUGCGCGCCGUCCCCGAAUGACCACUACCUCACCGUCGUGGCCGCCGUCGACCUCAACCACGCCGACCUCGCGGGCCACCUCCCCGAGGCGCUGGGCCUGCUCGCCGACCUCGCGGUGCUGCACCUCAACUCCAACCGCUUCUGCGGCCUCGUGCCCCGGUCGCUGGAGAAGAUGUUCAUGCUCCACGAGCUCGACCUCAGCAACAACCGCCUCGUCGGGGCCUUCCCCGACGUCGUGCUCCGGCUUCCCAGCCUCAAGUACCUCGACCUCCGCUACAACGACUUCGAGGGCCCCGUGCCGCGCGAGCUCUUCGACCGCCCGCUCGACGCCAUCUUCGUUAACUCCAACCGCUUCCGCUUCGAGAUCCCCGACAACGUCGGCAACUCGCCGGCGUCCGUCCUCGUGCUUGCCAACAACGACUUCGGCGGGUGCCUCCCGGCGUCCCUCGCCAACAUGUCCGCCACGCUCAACGAGAUCAUUCUCAUGAACACGGGGCUCAAGUCCUGCGUCCCGCAGGAGCUCAGCAUGCUCACCGGACUCACCGUGCUCGACCUCAGCUUCAACAAGCUUAUGGGCACCAUCCCCGACGAGCUCGCCAGGCUCGAGAGCAUCGAGCAGCUCGACCUCGGACACAACCGGCUCGUAGGCGAUGUGCCGGAGGGGAUCUGCCACCUGCCGCACCUCCAGAACUUCACCUACUCCUACAACUUCAUCACCGGCGAACCGCCGGUGUGCCUUCACGUCAAGACCCUCAACGACCGCCGGAACUGCAUCCCCGACCGGCCCGACCAGAGGUCGCCGGAGCAGUGCCAAUUCUUCAAGAACCACCACGUCAACUGCGACGCCUUCAAGUGCAAGAAGUUCUUGCUGCCGUCGCCACCGCCGCCGUCUCCUCCUCCGCCAUUGCCGUCACCCCCACCACCCUCGCCUCCACCACCGUCUCCUCCCCCACCCUCACCGUCUCCUCCGCCACCAUCUCCAUCACCGCCACCUCCAUCCCCUCCACCACCGUCUCCUCCGCCACCAUCUCCAUCACCGCCACCUCCAUCCCCUCCACCACCCUCUCCAGUGUACUACUCCUCACCGCCGUCACCCUACUAUGAGGUGUCGCCGGAGGACCGGUACCUCUCACCACCGCCUCCGGCUUACUCCGAAGCCCCACCGCCGCCCUACUACGAGGUGUCACCAGAGGACCGGUACCUCUCGCCGCCGCCUCCAGCCUACUCCGAAGCUCCACCACCGCCCUACUACGAGGUGUCACCAGAGGACCGGUACCUCUCCCCGCCGCCUCCGGCCUACUCCGAGGCCCCACCGCCGCCCUACUAUGAGGUGUCACCAGAGGAUCGGUACCUCUCGCCACCACCCCCAGCUAGUGUCCCCAAGUACGAUUACUCGUCGCCGCCGCCGCCCCGGACGAUGUACAAGCUGCCGGUGUAUGACUAUUCAUCACCUCCACCGCCGGCCGCGUGGAAACCAUAAAAAAUGAUUCUUUAAUCCCGGGAUAUUUUUCAUACGUUGUGGCCAUACUACAUUGUUAAUUCGUUGUGGUAAAAAGUGUUGCUAAAUUAAUCUCUGGUGUUGAUUGCCACCUUCCUUUCUUUUUUUUUUUCUUUUUGCACUUCUAUUUUCUUUUAAUUUUUCUCUGAUUAAUUUGGUUGCGCUACGAA